CAAAGUACUCUUUGCUUUAGAAAAUAUGAGGGAUUCCUACAAUUUGGUAAGAAAAAUUCAAGCUUUACCAAAAAAGUAUAUUCAAGUAGAAAAAAACAUAUAUAAAUAGUAAAUGGAGCAUUCCCCAAGUAUCAGAGAAAUACAAAUGAGAAUCAUGAUGUAAUACUACCCCGAUAAUGGCCAAACAAACAAAACCAGACAAUUCUAAGUUUUGGUGAAAAUAUGGAAUAAGUGUCAUACAAGUAAGCACAUUUGAGACUAUAAAAUGGAACAACUACUUUCAAAGACCGCUGGGCAAUACUCCUAAAAUCAAAACACACCUGUGUCUUAAAAUCCAUCAAUUCUACCCCUCAAAAUAAAGGUAUAAAACACACAUCCAAGAAAGUUCAUAGUGACCACCAUGCCAUGCGGCUGGGCCUGCUGAAGUCAGUUCCAGAGGCAACAGUGUGGUGUGGGCCCCUGGCCCGGGCUGCCAAGAUAAACAUCCACAAUGCCCAGCCCGAGGACCUGAUGAACAUGCAGCACUGCAACCUGCUCUGCCUGCCGGAGAACUACCAGAUGAAGUACUACUUCUACCAUGGCCUGUCGUGGCCCCAGCUCUCCUACCUCACCAAGGAUGAGGACGGCAAGAUAGUGGACUAUGUCCUGGCCAAGAUGGAGGAAGACCCCGAUUAUGUUCCUCAUGAGCACAUCACCUCUCUGGCCGUGAAGUGCUCACACCAGCACCUCAGCCUGGCCCAGAAGCUGAUGGACCAGGCCUCACGGGCAGUGAUGGAGAACUUCUGCUCCAAAUAUGUGUCCCUGGACAUCAUGAAGAACAACAGGGUGGCCCUGCAUCUCUAUUCUAACACCCUCAACUUCCAGCAUUGCUUGUCUACAUGUCUCAGCCACAUCUAUCCUGUGAACGAAUGUCUUCCCUGGAGUUACCUCACAGUGUCUCGAAUGGCUUCUCAUUUUCAACUCUCCAUGACCUUCCACAUAAAGCUACUGUGAUCAUGAAGGAAUACCUCAGCACAAGAACCUGCUGUACAAGAGCCAAGGAAGCUUGAGGCCUGCCAUGAGAGAGCAUCCCAGACCUCCUCUCACCAUGCUGCCACUGUACUGUUUGCAGUGGUCCUACCUUGGCCUGUGGUCAUGCGGCACAGUUGUCUCCUAGAAAUGCCAAACAGUAAGCAGGGACAACUCUUGAAACUUCCAGUUUGCAGAUUUCGCCUUUAUUUAUCUGGGUUUCCAUCAUUAAGAGGGUAGUUGGCACCAUCA